AUGAGCCGCCGUACGCCCAUAGCACCCCAGCGAGUCGAUGCACCGCUCACCCAGUCGGCAACCUUCCUCGUCGUUUCCUUGACUGACAAGCGCGAUGCCGUCAAGACGGUGCGCUCGACGCUGGCCAGUGUGGACGACCUCUCCAAGAACGUUGCUAUUCGAGAUCUGGAUGCCGCCUUUGCGUGCACAGUCGGCAUUGGCAGCAAUGUCUGGGACAGUCUAUUGCCCGGGGUUCCCAGACCGGCCGAGCUGCACCCCUUUCCCACCAUUUCUGGAAAAGUCCACACGGCGGUUUCCACGCCUGGGGACCUGCUGUUUCACAUUCGGGCUCAGCGCCGCGACCUGUGCUUCGAGUUCGAGCGCCAGCUGAUGGAUCGCUUGGGCGACAGUGUCAAGGUCGAGGAUGACACCGUGGGGUUCCGGUACUUUGACGUUCGCGAUCUUCUGGGUUUCGUGGACGGGACGGCGAACCCUGUGGGCGCUGCGGUCGACGACUCGGUCCUGGUGACGGAGGCAGACGACGCAGGCUCCGCAGGCGGCAGCUACGUCGUCGUGCAAAAGUAUGUGCACGACUUGAGCAGGUGGCGAGGCUUGUCCACGGAGAAGCAAGAGGCAAUCAUUGGGCGCACGAAACUCGACAACAUCGAGUUGGACGACGUCGCCGAGGACAAGCAAAAAGCUCACAAGCAACUAGCCAACAUCUCGGGGGACGACGGAGCCGAGUUAUCGAUUUUGAGAGACAACAUGCCCUUUGGCACACCCGGGAAAGGCGAGUAUGGCACCUAUUUCAUCGGCUAUUCGAGAAAGCUGUGGGUCAUUGAGCAGAUGCUGGACCGGAUGUUUGUGGGUUCGCCGCCUGGGUUGCACGAUCGCAUUCUGGACUACUCGACGCCGUUGACGGGGACGACCUUUUUCGUACCCAGUGCCACUCUCCUGGGGUCUUUGGCUGAUGACUAG